UUCCUGCAGGCCGUCGGCGUGGUGGAGUUCGUGGUGGCCAUCUACUGCCUCCUGAACAUAGAGGAGACGAAGAAAAGAAUAAAGUUCGAAAAUGCUGUUACGUUCGGUAUCGUCGACCCGGAUUCGGAUGCGGCUGCUUAUAUUUUCCUGUCGGUUCUGCUGCUGGUCGCCACGAUCUACAUCAUUGUGUCUCUUUUGCUGAUUCAUGGCGCCAGGACGAAACGGCGGUUCCUCCUCCUGCCUUGGGUGUUCUUCACGUUAAUGAAUAUGGUCAUGGCGUUCUCCGGCGGCAUCCUCCUCCUCAUCAACUCCCACGGUUACACGGCCAACAUCAUCGUCGGUUUCAUCGUCUUAACCAUCUCCAUGACGUGGAUUUAUUUCUCUUACGUGGUCUUUAGGUUCUUCCAAGCUCUCCAAGAUGGCGAAUAUUGGUGAUGACGUCAUCGGAAGGGAGAGGAGACGUGAGAGGGUGUUGGAAACUAGAUGGCCUUGUUUUUUUUUUUCUUCUUCUUCUUCUACAUCUUCUACUUCGUCCCCCUUUUUUUAAGGGAAAAAAAAUUGAUGAGGAUUAUUUUGAAUUGUGUGAAAUUUAAAUUUUCUCGAACGUUUUAUUUUUUUUCUAUCUCUAUCUCUCUCUCUCGUUCUUUUUCUUUCGUUCGUGAGAGAAUUUUUCUUUUCUGUUCUUUUAAUCUUUCUCUCCCAUUUUUGUUUGCCUCUUUAAGUAAAGGUACCGUAUAAGACUUUCAUUCAUUAACAUAAAGACAUCACUUAUCACCUUUGUUGAAUGUGUUGGGAAAAAAAAUAUAUAUAUAUUAUACACAGUUAUAUCGGGCGUGAGAUGAAGCGAAGGGAAAUGAUAUCAUCUUCUUUAAGAAUUUCGAAAUAGAUUGAUCUCUCGAAUGGUUAGUUAUAAGAUAACAGGCAUAAAAUUCUCCAGGAUCUUGUAGUUCAUUUGAGAUGUCACUUGGAGUCACAGUUCUAACCAUGAUGGAUUUUUUUAAAUGUAUAAUUUCGCAAUGAACUGGUUUAAGCAACAUGUGUAUUGGGGAUGAAAACAAAAUUGCGGUGUGCAAAAUCCUGGUUUAUUUGCCAAAUCAAAAGCACUGAUGAAGUUAACUGUGCGGUGUAUGUGCCAAAAUAUUAUCGUUGUAAAAUGAUAAACCAGUUUAUUGUUAAAAACGAAUUGAAGAAGAAAAAAUCUCAUGUUAUUGUUGUGUAAUUUAAAAGAAAAAAAACUAUUCUGCAGGAAAUUGCAGUGGCCUUCUUACUAUAUACUAAAUAUUUUUUUACAAAUGCAGUUUAGCAACAAAUCUCGUGUUUAAUUUUCAAUCAGUUCACUAAACAACAUGAAGAUGUAUUUAAAAUAUAUCAUUUAUGAAUAUAGUUGAUGUUUCUUUCAUAUGAAGAGCGAUUAAUUGAUAUAUAAGGACAAUUUUUUUGUGUGAAAAUUGACUUGUGGAUCAGUCACUAAAAUGAGACCAUUUUCGCGUGUUGAAAGAUUUAAAUAAUAUUAAUCUUAUCCGUUCAUUAAUAAAGGUCCGUGUCUGCUUGUGUGUUGUUAACAUUUUAGUGUUUGUAAUAACGUCAUUAAUUCUGAUGUAAUUAUUAGAUCAGAGUGCAAUAAUAAGUCAAUGAGCCCGAUAAAAUAUCAUCCUAUAUUUCUCCAGUAAACAUCUAGUCUCAUAAAGGUAACUGGUCCACAAGCGGUUUCUAAGCAUCUACAUGCUUUUUUCGAUGCACUAAUAAUUCAGAAAUUUAUAUAUAUAUAUAUAUAAUAUAUUUCUCAUACCUCAGUAUAUGUAAGCACCGUUGUGUAUACUGAAGAAAAGCAUAGUCGUUGGUGGCUGCUAAACAGUGCCUUUUCCUGGUACUAAGACGUCUACGUUAUAGAUUCAUCUUCGUUUUCGCCAAUGUUGUCAUGUCGGGGAUAUAUUUUUUUUCUUCUUCUGUCUAACUCAUCCUAGUGGAAAUCUGUUUGUUUGUUUGUUACUUCAACGUUUUAUUUAUUUCCGGGAAGAGAAAAAAAAAUCAACCCAUUUCAUCACUAUAGACUUUUUUUUUUCUUUUUUUCUUUUUUU